AGCGCCUUCUCUGAUUGGCUGAACCUAUCUCUUUGGCAUCGGAUAGGAGCGGCUGGUGUAUUCCAGGCAUGGAGACCGGUGGCAAGGCUGGCGGCGGAGGCUCGGCGGUCAGGAGAGCGAGGCAUGUCACCCCGGGCUCCGCACCGCCAGGCGGACACAGUCACCGGGGCAAGCAUCCCCCCGACAACGGCAGGAAGACCCCAAGCCGGGCUCUCACCUUUGGAGCCGCCGUACUGCCGGUGCUGGCGCUCUAUGUGUUGGCUGUGCGGGGCUUAGUGCAGCUCUCACUGCGGCAACUAGUGACCCCCGGUACCCGGAGCAUGGACUUCAAUGACAGCACUGCCAGGGGCUAUUUAGAGGGCCUGACAGCUAUCAACUCCAGGACAGUGGGAAGCCCUGCUAAUGAAAUCCUUGCUGUGAACUACAUUUUGGAAAAGCUCAAGUUUGUUCAAGAGAAGAGAAAUGCCGUUCACAACAUAGUGGUGGACAUACAACGGCCCACAGGAUCAUUUAGCAUUGAUUUUCUUGGAGGCUUCAGCAGUUACUAUGAUAACAUAACUAACAUUGCUGUGAAAUUGGAGCCAGAUCAUGGAGCAGAGCAUGCGGUGCUUGCAAACUGCCAUUUUGACUCCGUAGCUAACACACCAGGUGCCAGUGAUGACGCAGUAAGCUGUGCAGUCUUGCUUGAAAUCCUGAGUGCCCUGUCCAGUUUGUCUAAGCCCUUGAACCAUGCCAUUAUAUUCCUCUUCAAUGGUGCUGAAGAAAACAUCCUACAGGGCAGCCAUGGCUUUAUUACCCAGCAUCCAUGGGCAAAGAUGGUUCGAGCAUUUAUCAACUUGGAGGCUGCUGGCGUAGGAGGGAAAGAGCUGGUGUUUCAGACAGGUCCAGAAAACCCAUGGUUAGUGCAGGCUUAUGCUUCUGCUGCGGUACAUCCAUUCGCCUCGGUGGUGGCACAGGAAGUUUUCCAGAGUGGCAUUAUUCCUUCAGAUACCGACUUUCGCAUAUACCGGGAUUUUGGCAAUAUUCCAGGUAUAGACUUGGCUUUUAUUGAGAAUGGCUACAUUUAUCAUACAAAGUAUGACACAGCAGACAGAAUUCAUACAGACUCCAUACAGAGAGCAGGUGACAAUAUAUUGGGUGUGCUGAGAUACCUGGCUACCUCUCACCUAUUAGGUGACUCCUCGGAAUUUCGCCAUGGGAACAUGAUCUUUUUUGAUGUUUGCGGACUGUUUGUCCUGUGUUACCCAGCCCGCAUUGGAACAAUGAUAAACUACAUUGUAGCAGCAAUAACUUUUUUUUACCUGAGCAAAAAAAUCAGAAAAUACAAACUUAUUGGUGUGCACUAUUCAUGGGACCUGAUGUGUGGGCUGUUUAUUACUAUAGUGAGUUGGAUCUCUGCUCUGGUAUCUGUCCUCAUAAUAGCAGUGUUAAUAUCACUUGCUGGAAAAGCUCUGUCUUGGUACACACAUUUCUAUGUUUCUGUGUGUCUUUAUGGAUCUGCAGCUUUAGCCAAGAUAAUACUGGUGAAUUAUCUGGCCAAGAACCUCUAUUAUACAGGUACAAAUGUCCAGUAUUUAGGGGACUUGUUUUUUGAUGUGUCUUUAAUCACAUGGUGCAUCCCAUUGCUACUUGUUACGCAUAUAGGACUAUGCUCAUCUUACUUCUUCGCAGUGUGGGUUAUUUUCCCAUUGCUUACAAAAUUAAUAAUUCAACAAGAAUUCAUUCAUCGAGGAUCUUCAGCUAAAUUCCUUGGUUUCUAUCUGCUUGGAUUAUUUGCCCCAUACUUGCAUACCAUGUACCACGUGUGGGCAGUGUUUGAGAUGUUUACACCUCUUCUCGGUCGCAGUGGCACAGAAAUCCCACCAGAUGUUGUAUUGGCCUUCUUCAUCGUUGCUUGUACUGUAAUUCUCACCUCCUAUUUUAUCCACUUUCUUUAUCUUGUGAAAAAUAUUAAGGGAAUACUGUUAAGUUUGGCAAUUGUAUCUGUUGUCACAUUUAUUCUUGUCUGCAGUGGCCUGUUCUUCCCAUACAGUUCCAGUAUUGAUAGUCCUAAACCCAAGAGGAUCUUCCUUCAGCACACAGCUCGGACUUUCCAUGAUUUGAAUGGAAAGGUGGUGAAACAAGAUUCAGGAAUAUGGAUCAAUGGCUUUGAUUAUACUGGAAUUUCUCACAUCACCCCCCAUAUACCAGAGUUAAAUGACUCUGUUAGAGCACCUUGUGAUGAUUCCCCUUUCUGUGGAUUCCCAUGGUAUUUUCCUGUUCACAGCUUAAUCAGAAAAAAUUGGUAUUUCCCAGCCCCACCUCCACCUCUUUCAGAGUAUGCAGAAAUUAAACUUUUGUCAAAGAAAAUAAUGCCAUGGGAUACUACGCGACUAUCAUUUCAAGUUAAAGGACCAAGUCACAUGACCAUGUAUGUGCGUCCACAUGACGGCUUUCAGUUAUCAAGCUGGUCUCUUGGUGAUGGGAUGCCUGUAUUCAGCAGUGAUGGAGACUAUUUUGUGUAUUAUUCCCAUGGGCUACAGUCUCCACCAUGGAAAUUUUGGAUAGAAAUGAAGGGUAUAGAUGAAGGCUUUGGUCCAAUGGUUACUGUUGCCUUUGCAUCACACUAUUUCCAUGGGGAAAAUCAGCAUUCUCCCCAUCUAGAUUCCUUGGAACAAAAAUUCCCAGACUGGAGUUUCCCCUCAAGCUGGGUGUGCACCUAUGACCUCUUUGUCUACUAAUGUCUUAUUAAAGAUGGAAUGUCGUGCCUGGACAUGUACUCAGCAUUCUGAAGUAUAGUUCAUAAGCUGUUGCAAAGGACUAAAAUCAUAUCCUUGUUAGCAUUCUGGAACUUUUUUUGAACCUGUCCGAUAUUACAUGAAUGGACACAGGCUGUCCCUGCACUGCUUUACAAAACAAAACAAAAAACACAAACUCUCAGAAGAACUAGGCAGCCAUGGCAUGUUCUUAGGAGUAUUACUGGAUUUGCUAUGAGCAUUGUCUGCUGUUGGGGUAUAUAUACACAAAAAUA